AUGUUGGGUCGGUUUGAAAGCGAGCGCGGGCGUCUCUCCUUCCUGCGGUGGCGGAGGAAAUAGCGGUCCUGAGGAGGGCGGUGUCGCGAUCGGGGAUGCUUUGUCCCGUCGUCCGGUUUGGGAAGGGCUUGGGCUCUCCGCCGAGAGUCUGAAAGAGCGCGCUUUUAAAAAAAGUGUCCCGGGAAACUGCCACCCGGGAGCCAGCCGGACAGCCACACCCAGCACACACGGAUGGCCCAAGUCUUUGCAGCCAAGGCCUGCCAAAAUCAGUGUUCCAGAGCCUUCGAUGCUCCCCUUUGCAGGAGAAACCAGAGCAGCGUUUUCCAAGGGUUGGGCUUCUCUUCCAGAGCGUUCAUCUCCCGGACACUCUUUUUGACACGGCCCUCUGUGUUUUGAAUCGAGGUAGUUGAAAUUUCUUGCCCUAACUUUUAUCAUUCAACACGAUGAUGGAUUUAAUUUGGGAGAUUGAAACCGGCGCUUUCGAAGGGAAUGUAUUAAAUGGAAAUGAAUAAUUCAUUUUGAGAAAGCCAUGGCAAAAUUAAAUACAAAACACAGAGUUUGUUCUCGAGAAUCUUCAGUGUCUUCUCUCCUGGCAAGCUGCAGCCUAAGUGGUAGUAGUUCCUCCAAUUCCGACAGCUCGUUUCUGUAUAAGGACCAACUGUACAGUUCUGCUUCUGAGGCUCUGCAGGCCUACAUUGAUGAUUUUGACCUAAGCAGAGAACAUCCUAGUGCAAACACUGUCAAAGUAAACAUUGAUGGUGAGGUUGUUAAUGGGCCACAAUUUUCCAGCUACGUGCAUACACCAAACAAUGCUUUUGAAAAUCUUGAUCGCAAGCAGCACCUUAACCCCUUAUACUAUAGAAGAGAGACUAUUAAUGACAUGGACUCCAUUAGCCUAACAACUGAUGAUUUGUUAAGACUUCCAGCAGACGGAUGCUUUUCCUUCACUUACGUUACACCUGAUCACCAACAAAACAAGAAAAACAAGAAAUACACUGGAAGACAGGAUUCAUUGGACGUUAAAAAUAGUCCAAGUUUUUAUGUAGACCCUACUCCCAAGAGCAGGGAUAAUAUAGUUCCUCCUUAUGUAUAUACAAAUAUAAAUGGAAAGAAAUGUAGUAGGCCCAGAACCCCAAAACCUAUUAAUAGAAAAAAUAAAUGUGUUUCAGAAUCAUCUUUAUCUUUUCCUAAAGAAUCAUCUUUCAAGGACAGUUCAGAGCACAGUUUUGAAAAGAAUUAUCCAAGAUGGCUCACUAGCCAGAAAUCUGACCUUAAUGUCUCAGGGGUAACUAGUAUACCUGAUUUUAAGUAUCCAAUUUGGCUCCAUAAUGAAGACUUGCUACCUGAUGCAAAUGCUCCAAGGGUUUAUAAAUUAUUUAACGAAGAUGAAUAUUGCCCUAAACAAAGUUACCAAACACAAAGAACAACUCAGCUUUUAAAUAAAGUAGAUUGUUUUGAAUGCUCUUUUAAACCUUCAAACUUUACAGAUUCCUUCAGUGAGUGUAAAGGAUUAGGUAAUGAAUUUCAUUGUCAGUGUGACAAUCCACUUCUCCCAGGACCAUCCCAAAAGCCAUUCUGUGGUGACAAAAUUGAAUUGCUUAUCCUGAAGGCUAAGAAGAAUCUCCAACACUCUACUAAAGACUUACCAAAGCCUGUGGAAAAGGAUGACAGUCCUUGCUCCUUAGAUAAACUUGAAGCAGAACGAACAUGGGAAAAUGUCCCUGUUACUUUCAAAUCUCCUGUCCCUGUUAAAGCUGAUGACAGUCCUCAACAAGGUACCAGGACACAAUGUAUUAAUGAGUUUCUUGAGGACUUUUUAAAUGAUGAUAAUCAGAGCUGUACUCUAUCUGGAGGCAAACAUCAUGGUCCUGUGGAAGCCUUGAAACAAAUGUUAUUCAACCUUCAGGCAGUACAAGAAAGUUUUAAUAAGAAGAAAAAUACAGAGCCAGAAGAAGAGAUUAAGCAAGUGUCAGAGGAUGAUUUCUCUAAAUUACAGAUGAAGGAAAAUAUGCUUCCUAUUACUAGGUCUCUUCACAAGGCCUUAGAACAUUUAUCUCGCCUGAGAGACUUGGUCGAUGAUACCAGUGGGAGACAGUCACCAAAGAUGUGAAGAGGAAAAUAAACCUUCAGCACAAUAAACAGUCACCACACAAUGAGCUAUGUACUCUUUGCUAUUACUUACAAUGACAAAGUGAACAUAAGCCUUAUUCUAUGACUAGUUCAAGUCUAUUUAUUUCUGAGAGUCUGAACUUGGAAAUAUUCAUAGGCCCGAUUUUAUAUGAAAACAAGAGUGGAAGACACUAAGCUAUAACCUGAAGUAGUACGUGGAUCUUCAGACCAGAACAUUUUUAACAUUCAGAAGUGGACCAUUUCCUUUCUUGCCGUUUAUCUGGACUCAGUUUUUAUUGACUUUCUCAUCAUUUGUAAUUGAAUUCUUUAUUGUAAAAUCUUUUCGCUUCUCCCCAAAUCUUGUGAAUUGUAUAUCUGAGUUGUGUGUACUGAGUACUUUCAAGCUGCUUCAGGAAUAGCUACAUUGCUGUAUCCUAGGGGUCAUUUUGUUACUUCUAAAGUUUCAUAAAUUGGAUAUUUAAGAUGUUCUGUUUGUAAAUGACAUUUAACUAAUUUAUCACUCAGUGUUA